AUGAAUCCAAAAAAUGAUCAUGUAGACCCAAGUCAGGUUCAGAUUAGUGGAGUUCAGGUGCCUUAUAAUCCUCAAAUUCCUAAUCAACAGCCGCAAGGAAUUCCUCCAAACUAUCCAGUUGGAAUACCUAUUAAUCCUUAUGUUAAUCCAGGAAUUCAAAAUCCUUCUGGCUAUCCUGCCAUGCCACCUCCCACUGUACAAAAUAAUCAGCAAGAUAAUGACAGAAAUACAUCAUCAAGUAAAGACAAGUUUCCUCAUUAUGACAUAAAAGAAGCGAUGUUCCCUCAGAACUUUGUAUGCAGAGAUUGUAAUGGCUAUGGUCUCACCAGGGUCAGAAAAACGUGCAGUGGCUUCCAAUGGUUUAUAAUGUAUAUUUACUGUAUUUUCUGUUGCUGGUGAUGCAUCUGCUUUCCUUUCUGCAUGAAUGACCUCUAUAAGUAUGACCACUACUGCGGUGGCUGUGACAGGCAUGUUAAAUCUUAUAACCCAUUGCAAGAUGAUGACUAAAUUCAGACAUUUUAGGGUCUUUAAAACUUUCAAUA